AUUUCAUUGAAGCAGCUCUUAGAUUCCACCUCCCCCGAAGCCGGAUCGACCCACCCACCAUUUCUCUUCCCGCAACAUGUGCCGUCUUGCAGUGCUGGAGGAGUUCGCUGGGGGCUCUGUGGGGAGCCGAGAGAAUACCGCCAGUCUAGAGUGUAGCUCCUCGCUGCCUGCCGGGUCAUUCUCACUGUGGCCCAACCUCUUCUGCCGACGACAUGAGCUGAGCUCCGGAAGUGCUGAGUCUCGUGUGGGGGUUUGUUGGGAGCGGCGAGACUGGAGAGCCGCGAGGGACGUUCAGGCAUCUACACCUGUUUACAAAUUCCCCACUUCCUUUGCAUCUUCCCGACAACCCAGUGAGAAGCAAACAAAUAUGGCAAAAAGCUUAAGGAGCAAAUGGAAAAGAAAGAUGAGAGCAGAGAAGAGAAAGAAGAAUGCCCCCAAGGAACUUGCCAGAUUGCAGAACAUCCUGAAAACAAAUAGUGAUGUCGUGAUGGAUGAAGUAAAAGAGAUAGCAACUGUUGUUUCUGCUGAGAAAAUCAAAGAGAAAAAGGAUCCAAAUGAGGAAAGCAAGAUGGACACUGAUAUCAAACGAAACCAGAAGACUCUUCUAGAUCAACAUGGACAGUAUCCAGUAUGGAUGAAUCCCAGGCAGAGGAAGAAGCUUAAGGCAAAGCGUACCAAAGGAAAAAACAAACCCAAAGUACCAAAAGGAUUAGCAUGGUAGAGACUGGUUGAACUUUAAGAAAUUGAAAAAAAUACUUCGUAUAGUCAAGAUAGCCAUAUAAAUAAAGCUGCACGCUGUAUGCAGAAUCACACAGAGGUUACUUUUUUUGCUUUGGACUCCCUCUCUUGAUGAGAUACCAGUUUGUGGUGCUAAAGUUCAUUUGGAAUAUAGUUUGAUAAGGCUACUUGUCUUUAAAAUACUUUUUUGUUUUGAACAAAUUAAGAAUACUUUAGAUUAAACAUAAGCAUUUGCAAGUAUAUCCCACCUGAAAUAUGGGAUUAUAUUCUUCAGAUUCCCCUAGGAGGAAUAAAUUUCCAAUCUUUUAAAUGUAUGUAUGCGCUAGAAUUUCUGUUUCCAGUCUAUAAAUUGUGAUCAGCCUUUGUUUUGUUAAAAGCACAGAAUAACUGUAAUGCCAUGAGUCACUGCAUAUGGACUGUGCAAUCCUAAAGUUAUAUCCUUCUGAAACCCACUUAGGAGGCUGUAACUGUUUACAACUUCAUUGUAGAGAAAUUUUUGGGGAGGACUCAUUCUGGAUAGACUGAUUAAAAUGUCCUCACAUGUGAAAAAGACACAAAGAUAACAGGAGCUGAAGAAGAUGAGAGCUUCUUACCUUUCUUGUUAGAUUCACUUAGUAAAGAAUAAGAACUUUAGAAUGUA